AUGAUUCCGAAGGCAUGCGAGCCAUGUCGCCGGCGGAAGAUCAAGUGCGAUGGAGCAACGGUUUGCAGCGGAUGCCGGAACAAACCCGCCAUGUGUAUCUAUCGUCUCAAACCACGCAACAGAGCUCGUAAAGCGCAUAAAUCUGCAUCAACAGAGAUCUCCAACUCCGAAACUCCCGAAGAUUCUCAUACCGAUGGCGUGUAUCCAGAUGCUAUUAUAGCUUCCAACACCGGGGGCGAGCCUGGAAUUCAUGAACAGCUUGUCUAUGGUCCGACGUCAACCUUUGCAUUCCUACAGACUCUACAUAAUGAGCUGGUUCAUAGGCGUGCACACACCUCCAGAACCAAAGGUCAAAGUCUUGAUGCCUUUACUAAAAGAACUAUUUUCUUUGGUCUGCCGUCAAGAGUCGACCCGCUCUUACUUCCCCUACAGCAACGAAUGGAAGACAUUCUUCCAAGGUCUACCGCCAUUGGAUUUCUGCAAGCUUUUGAGAAAUAUUCUUCCCAUGGUUUACCGUUUAUAAUUAUCGAUAGAACUCGAGUGUCAUUGGAUAAUCUCUACAACGUUAGGGUUAACGACACAUCAACUUCACAAGACAAAGCUCUACUACUCAUGAUACUCGCCAUAGGCGCACUUAGCACCUCUGAAACCGAUACCGCAGAGACACUCUUGAUACAUGCUAAGCGAGAGGUCGCCCUGUUCGACGAUGUCGCCAAAUUACCAAUGGUUCAGUUCUGUCUCCUGAUGUCAGAUUAUCAGCUCAACAUGGGACGCCCAAAUGCUGCUUACUUACAAGUAUGUUCGGCUUGCACAAGAGCCAUGUCGAUGGGUCUUCAUGGUAGAGCUGAAGAUGAUGUAGGAGGAGAGAAGUUGCAGGCACGCUCGACUACCUUAUGGGCUCUGUAUUUCCAACAAACGUGGAUCUGCUUCAUCGUCGGAAGAAAGGGAAUCAUUAGAGGGUCAGAUAUCUCCUGCGAUUACCCAGAAAAUCAACCCAUGCUCGUUGAUCUUUGUAAUCUGGCAGCUAUCCAGGAACAGGCAACAUCAUGUCCGAACGGGCACAAAUACUGCACGCUUUCCCAGAUGUAUGAAAACAGUCGAAGGCUUCAUCUUCAGGCUUGGGGCGUCUGUGAAGACCUUUGGUUCGGUCCUUCUCCCCUUCGAUGCCAAGGAUCAGGAGCGGAUGAAAUGGCACGGCUUCUAGUAUGUAACGGUAUGAGACGAUAUAAUGCUUUCUUUCUAGAGACAAGUUGCGCCAUACUUCUAUACGCAUCGAUGGGUCAUCCGUCCAAACAUCCACAUCAUCGAGAUAUUGUCGGGCUCGCUAUAGAAUGCCUUGAGCUAAUGGUGGAUGACGAUCCUGUCACAAAUGCAAUGCUGCAUAUACAGAAGCUCAUUGAUGCCGUCGAAGGAUACAUACAUGAACCGUUUGGUGGUGGAAUAGUAGACCCGUCCUCUCAUGCAGCUGCGGACCAGCGUCAGAACUCCGAUCAAGCCCAAGGAAAAUAUGCAUUGUUGCCCUCCGAAAGUAUCCUGGACUUUUCUCCCAUCCCUAUAUCUGGCAGUGCGGACUAUAUAUUUUCGGGUUUCUUGGAUCUUCUGCCAUUGGACCCUUCAUUCGUGUUCAUGGUUGAGGACGGAACUGAUAUGGCGGAAUGA